AUGGACCUCUUCGCCGCCGACCACGUCGCUCCAUUUCCCGACACCGGCGACCUUCUCUUCGCAGCCGGCCUCCUCUCCAACCGCCACAAUCCCCAAAAGCUCCGCCCCAUCAGGUCCGUCCCUCCUCCUCCUAGUUCCCUACUCAAUGCUCAGUCCCCUUCCAACCUUCACCCUCCAGAACCUUCUACUCAGAACAAGGACCCCACUGAAUCCGGGUCGGGUAAUUCCCCAUUGCCUAAUAAGCAGGAACCCGGUUCGUCUUUGGAUGAUGAAGAGGAUGUCGACGACGUAGAGAAUUCGUCUGGAAGUACAAAAGAUUUUGGCUCGAGAAAGAGAAGGAAAAAGGCGGCGAGAAAGCUUGAAAGUUUUGUAGAAAGUUUGGUUAAGAGGGUGAUGGAGAAACAAGAGCAGAUGCAUAAGGAAUUGGUGGAAAUGAUAGAGAAGACGGAAAAAGAAAGAAUGAAGAGAGAAGACGCAUGGAGGCGGGAGGAGAUGGAAAGAUUUAAGAAAGAAGACGAAGCUAGAGCGCAAGAAAGGUCUCGUAAUUUAGCCCUAAUAUCGUUCAUUCAGAAGCUUUUGGGCCAGGAAAUUCAAAUUCCUCAACAAGCUAUGAACUUAUUGGGCCAUGAAAUUCAAAUUUAUCAACCAGGAGAAGGAAGCGGGAAAAAAGAAGAAGAUAGAGUCGAGGUAAACAACAAGAGAGAUUUCAACGGCGAUAUGAGCAAUAAUAGAUGGCCAGAUGUGGAAGUACAAGCACUCAUAGUGGUAAGAACUGCGUUGGAACACAGGUUUGGUGGUGGUCUUACGGGAACGAAAGGAUCAAUAUGGGAGGAGAUAUCUGAAGCGUUGCGCGGAAAGGGUUUCAAUCGAUCUGCGAAGAAGUGUAAGGAGAAAUGGGAAAACAUCAACAAGUAUUACAAGAGGACAGUGGGGAGUGGCAAGAAGCGGCCUCUAAAUAGUAAAACUUGCCCUUACUUUGAUGAAUUGGAUAAUCUGUAUAGAAAUGGGUCCUUCAACAGCCUUGGAAAUGCAUUGAGCAAUACCAACAAUGUUUCCAUGAGUGAAGUAAAGGAGCAAGGUGAAAUUUGA